AUGGAUAAAGAUAAUCUGAUGACGAAAGAUAAUAUCCAACGAAUUAUUCUUGGUAUAGGAAUAACUAUUUUUCUUCUAACUAUUUUUCUUUUAUUUGGAAAAAUACAUGUUGUCUUCUUCGUUCUUCUAUUAGCAAUCAGUUAUAAAUUAACUGAUUAUUAUGUAGUGAAAUUAAAUAAUCUGGAAAAAUCAUUGACAUGUUGGCCAAAUUUAAUUGUAUUUUUCGACGUAACUAAGAAUUUAAAAGAAGAACUUCUACGAAAACAAAAUGCAAAUUGUAUUUAUAUGCAAAAGAAUCCUUGGGUUCAUUUAAUGAUUUCUAAAGAAGUUGACACAGCUAUUAAUAACUUUUGUCGUCUAUGUCUUCGAGAUCAUAUAUAUCCAUGGUUAUCAACGAUUACUCAAGAUGAUAGUCUUGUUCAUGAAACAAAACAUGUUUUUCGAUAUCUUUUAGCAACAGUUAUUCGUCGUUUACAUAAUGUUGAUCUCAAUGUUUUUAUUGCUGAACGACUUAUUCCAUUAAUGUUUCAAACAUGUGAUCGUUAUAUUCAUACCAAAGAAGUUCAUUCAUCAAGUGAUUCAAUAGAAUUUCUUCGAAAAAUGUAUAAAGAUGAUCUUCAUAUAGCAAUGUAUAAUCGUCGAUCAGAAUUAAAAUAUUUAAAAAGUCUUAUGCUUAAUUUAAUGCCAAUAAUAGCACCAAAAUUUAUAUAUGAAUGUAAAGGUUCACGUCAUUUUUUAUGUGAAUUAUUUGUAUGUCAAAUAUUAAUGGAUGGUAUUGAUGCUAUUUGUCAACCAGAUACAUUAAAUCGUUUAUUUCAUCUUUAUUUUACAACAGCUAUUCAACGUCGACAAACAAAUAAUAUUAAAAUAAAAAUAACUAAUGAAUCUAAUGCAUAUGUUGAAAUUCUUUCACAUUUUUGUGCAAUGAAUGGAUCAUUACAUAAAAAUAAAUUAGCUUUAGAAUUAACUGAUGUUAUGUAUGAAAAAGAAUUAAUGAGUCAAUUUAGUCGUGUACUUGAUCGUCAUGGUUCACUUGGUUUAUUAAGUAUUUAUUUAACAUUAACAGAUAUUUUAAAUGAUAUUCCAAUAGCUACAGAUAUAUUAGUAAGAAAAAAAAUUUAUCAACGUUUAAAACGUAUUGAUGAACGUUAUUUAAAUCCAUUAAAUUCUGAUGCUUGUAUUAUUAUUAGUAAUCCAUAUAAUGAUGAAGAUACACUUAUAGAUGAAAUAAAAUAUUUAAUUUAUCAUGAAUUAGAAGAAAGUAUUAAAGAUGAAAAGGAAAAAAAGUCAAAUGAUUUUAAUAAAUCAUUUAAUAUUCAACAAACAUUUACAUUAUUAUCAAGAUUUCAUUGUAAAAUUUAUGAAUUAAUUGAAGAAAAAUAUCAACGAAAUUUUUUAACAAGUGAUGAACAUUUUUUUUAUAUAUGUGGUCGUCGUAUGGAUUCACCGGAUUAUCGAACUACGAAACAAAAUUUUAGUUUUGAUGAUAUAACAUCAGAUUUUGUACAUAUUGAAGAGAUCAGAAAUACAAAUGAAAAUACUAAUCAAUAUAGUGGAUCACAUCAUUAUACAACAACUUCAUAUCAAGAAAUGGAAGAAAAAGAUGAUGUACAUCUUAAAUGUCCAGAAGAUACAACAAGUAUAUCUAGUAGUAGUUCAUUAGACGAAAGAGACUUGAGUACAUGGCGUAUUCAUAUCCAUGCUGAAGAAUUACGUGAAAAUUUGAAUUCUAAUUCUAAAUAUUGUGCAUUGAUUAUUGAAGUUCAACGAUUUGAUUCAAAUAAUGAUAAUCCAUUGAUUAAUAAUGAAGAAAAACCUCAUUGGAUAGUUGCAAGACGUUACCAAGAUUUUUAUUUAUUAGAACAAAAAUUAACUGAAUUUCAUGGAAUUUUUUAUGAUGCUCGUUUACCAUCUAGACGAUCAGCAACAACAGCACGAAGUCUUGAAUUUCUUGCAUCAAUUAAAGAUGAUUUUGAACAUUUUUUACGACAUCUAUUAUCCAAGCCAACAUUACGUAAUAGUGAAUUAUUAUAUAAUUUUCUAAAGCAACCAGAUGAUUUUACUUUACCUAAUGGUGAAAUUAUUUUAGCUAAAAUGUUUAAAGUUGUUCCACGUCGAUUACGUGUUGAGAAAGGACAAUAUCUUGAACCAUUUCUUAUAUCAUUAUUAAAUUAUGCUGAACCAGCUAAACUAAAAGCGACACAACCAAGUCCUGUAUUUAAUGAUAUUAUUGAAGAGAAGCUUCAAAAUUCUAUUUAUGGAAAUAAUGCAAAUAUUACUGAACCAUUUUUUGAACCCAUGAUAGAAGAACCUAUUAAUUCUUGUGAUGGAGAACUUGAUAGUACUUAUGAUCAUUUAAUUUUUAUUGCUAAAAAAAUUUUUUCUGCAUCACCAUUAUUAAUUCAUUUAUUAAAUGUAUUUCGUGUACCAUUGAAAAAUACAUUUGAUACAUUUUUUUCAUAUGCUGUGGAAAAUAGAAUGGAUAAUAUAUUGAAUGAUGAAGAGAAUAUUAUUCUUGUUAUUCGUGCUCUACAAGAUAUUAUUUUUCCUAACGAUGCAGAAGAUAAAGGAUCAACUGAUUUGGUGAAUUUUGAAGAUGUUAUUGCAGUAGCUGAACAAUUUAUACCAAGUAUGAAUAUGAUAAGAUUUUCUUUGUUUUACAAUUUACAAAAAGAAGCAUUUAUUAUGGCAAAAUAA